AUGGCUGAUACUGGUGCUUUAACCAAACGUAUUGUAAAAGAAACAACACGACUUGUACAAGAACCAGUCCCUGGUAUAACAGCAAAUCCAGAUGAUUCAAAUGCAAGAUAUUUUAAAGUUGUGAUUGAUGGUCCAGGUGAGAGCCCAUAUGAAGGUGGAAAAUUUAAAGUUGAAUUAUUUUUACCUGACGAAUAUCCAAUGGCUCCACCAAAAGUGCGUUUUAUGACAAAAUUGUACCAUCCAAACAUUGAUAAAUUAGGACGUGUUUGUCUUGAUAUACUGAAAGAAAAAUGGAGUCCAGCAUUACAAAUCCGUACGGUUUUAUUAUCAAUUCAAGCUUUAUUAAGUGCUCCAAAUCCCGAUGAUUUUCUUGAUGCAGAGGUUGCUGAAAAAUGGAAAGCAGAUGAACGCGGAGCGAAAAUGAUUGCACGAGAAUGGACUCAUAAAUAUGCCAAUGAAUCAUCAUAG